CACAAGCACGGACCCUGUCAUUGUGGUUCAGUGGAGUAGCUGCUGCUGCCUUUGCAACAGUUGCACAGUAUGUGUGUGUGGUGUCCUCUAUCCCUUCUCACCACCAGCAAUAAUAUUUCCAGAGAUUAAUUAUUCAAGGAUUGCCUGUCAAGGGGGAGCUACCUGAUAGCAAGGACCUCAGGAGAGCCAAAAACCUUACAGCUGGAUAUCAGGUGAAACGAUACACCCCACUGCUUCAUCUCUUUCUCCUCCUCCUCCGUCCUCCCUCCUUCAUUUCCACUCUUGAUGUAAAGUGUAACUGAACACUUGAAAGAAAACACCAACUACUCCUGCUUGUUUUUUUUCCUCUGUAAAGCUGUCUUCUGUUUUUUUCUCUCCAAUGCUCGUCACCAGCAAGCAGUUGAAUAUCGGUCGCUCCCACAGUUGGGACACCCUGGGGGGGAAUGAGGGGCAGUGGGCCGGGGGAGAAAGCGUUUACGACCACCAAGGCAGGAUUGUGGGCCGACGGAACUCGCUGUCUUACAGGGGAGACAGAGGAGGUUACUACGAGCCACCCCCUGGGGUGCGCCCUCCUGACCUGGAUCUGAAACGAGACCCCUACUCCUACCAUGACUCUCUGUACAGCCAGCAGGGCUACGCUGCUGAUCCCCGGGAAAUGAGAAAGGGCUCAGUCCCUGAGCUAAACCACUACGACCGUCCAACCAUGGCUCAUAGUCACCAAGGAUCCGUCGUCUCACAGGAAUAUUAUCCCCAUGACCCUGCUAUGGCUCCCCGACCACCGGAGGAUCCCCGGGGCUUCUACCGGGUGGAGCAGCAGCCACAGCCUCACCCGCUCAACAGAUCCCCGUCCCACUAUGGGAUGAACCCAGUGGGACGGCUGCCAUGGGACCAGGGACAGGGAGGGAGGCCCGGACCUCCGGGUCCUUCAUCGGCUUCUCCUCUUCCUCCUCCCCCUCCUCCGCCAACUGCCCAUGGCAUGAACCAGGUUUACAGUCAGCCUGCAGCUGUAGCUGCCGCUGCCAAGAUGAUGCCAGAUGGCCAGCGCUCUCCUGCUCACUAUGGGAUGGAACAACCAUCUUCGCCUCGGUACGCAUCUGAGCCACCCCCUCUAGCUGGACAGCCGGUCUACACCGACAUCAACGGCCGUCCGCUGGACAAUCGGCAGCAGCAGCCCGCAGCCACCUGCCUGGUGGUGGACCCUAACACUCAGGGGCUGGAUGGGAGCAUGCAGCAGCGAGGUAUGAUGAUAAGGCAGGAGUGCACAUUGCCCUACAGCGUUCAACAACAACAAGCUCCGCAGCCCAACAUGCAGGUCUACAACCCCAACCCUCCUCUCGCCUCCCCUGUUCCUGCACCUGUUCCUGCCCCUCUUCCUAUCCCACCUGCCCCUGUAGCCCUCCCCCCUCCACCUCCCACAGCCCACCAGACGCCUGCAGCCUCAGUGGAUCACAAGAGGAACACCGACCCAGAGUUCCUGGCUCUGCUUCGCAAUGAGGGUCUCUCAGAGAGUACCAUCUCCUCACUCAUCCAGCAGGGCUUUGACACAACCGGUAUGCUGGCAGUCAUGGAAGAGAAUGACGUGCGCUCUGUGGCUCCCAAUUUAGGGCAGGCGCGGGUGCUGUCGCGGGUAGCCAUCAGUGUCAAGAGGCCCUUGGAGCCUACACCCACGACCCAGCAACAGGCCCCCAUGCGGGGCCGCUCCAACAGUUUCAGCCACCGCUCUGACAUGUACCUCCAACAGCAGCAGCAACAGCAGCACCAACAUCAUCAGCAGGCCAUGGCAAUGGGCAUGGAUCCACGGCUGAUGCCACCACAGACCCCUGGUGUCAUGCAGACCAUCUCCCCCGCAAUGGCCGAGGCCAUGGCCAGGAGGCCCAACAGCGCUCCCUCUCAGCACCUCCUAGAAACCACCCAGGGCUACCCAGGACCUCGUACCCCGGGGCCCUACAGUGGCGCCAUGGUCCCUGUCCAGUCCCGGCCCGUGUCUGCAUACUCCCAACACCCGGGUGUCCCUAUGCAUCCGGGCAUACAGAUGAUGGCUGCCAUGCCCCAGCACCAGCAGAUGUCAGGGGCUGCAAUGCAAGCCAUGCAACAACAGCAGAUGCCAGUGUCCAUGCCUGCCCUGCCGCCACCUCAGCAGGCCCCGAAGGCAUACUCCACCAACUACACAGUGCCCAUGGAGCUGAUGAAGCGGGACCGCAGCCUGCAACCCAUGUCGCCCAUGCACAGCCCCCACCUCAGCCCUCAGAUGAUGCGCAAGGCUGGGGGCACCCCGUCUGAUGGCGCCAUGAUGCCCGUGGGUACCACCAUGCAGAGCCAGAGUGCUAUGGCCGCCAACCAGAAGCUUAGCCGCCGUACCGGCCCACCUGUCAUCGUCUCCACCAUGGCAUCACCAGAUACAAGUAAAGCACACUUUUAUCCCUUCUGCAUUCCCUCCUCUUCCUUCGCUCCCCUAGUCUCUUGGCUGUAG